CGACAAGCAAAAGUUGCUGCAUAAAAGGUCAAAAUGGCGGCUGUCCCUCGUGCGAGGUUGCUGAACCUCAUGAAGGCUCAAUGCGAAGUCUUCUCCACAACAUACAAUCCCGAUGGGAUACGAAUGGGCAAUAAUAUCUUGCGACAGCGAUUAAGAGGACCAACGCUUGCCAAGUACUACCCCCCAAGAGGACCGACAAUCAACACGUUAGCGAAAACGUUUAAGCGUUGGAAUCUGGAGACUAUCAACGAGGAAGAAGAGGAUAGGCUGGAACACUUGGCAGGAGUGAGGUCGCGCGGAAAAGGUGCACCGAAGAAGAAGACUGGCCCGCCUGCUGCGAAGCACAGGUAGAGACGAGAUUAGUCUUGUCUACCCUUGUACAUAUAUACACAAAAGUAACGGCGUUUAUGGAUGUAAAUCAUCAAUUUAUUAUUACGAGACCAGAUAUUCGGAAUAUAGAGGAACUAACCACACCCUAAUAAUGCGCCAAUGCUCUUUAUGACUCUUAAUAUCUCAACAUCUCUUCCAUAGUCUCGUGACCUUCGAUUAGUCUAUGAGCGUGGACUCACGAUAGUUAGUCGUCUAUUAGGGCGCCAGAGGUUUGUUUAUUGAACUUAAAGGGAUACCCCUCUGCAGCCACUCUUAUAAACGGUUAGGCACGUUGGUUGCUAAUAUCUGCCUGUCGUUUAGUAUUCCUAUACAUGAC